AUGGUAAAGACAAGGAAUACUAAUUUUGAAGGGCAACAGUCCGAAGAGGAGCACCAGUCCGGGGCCGAGACGGUUGAGGAGACAAACUUGACCGAUAUGGUACGCCAGAUGAAGGAAGAGAUGAUCGCCAUGAAACAGCAGCGAGAGAGAGAUGCCGCCGAGAUGGCCGCAUUGAGAGAAGAGAAUGCUGCUUUAAAAAAUAAAUACCGAGACCCCACAUGGAAACCAUCUGAGACGACCCACACUCAGGGAUCGUUCCACUCGCACGGCCAUCAUACCUCCAUUCCUCACACUUCUGUCGCUACCCCAGGCAUUCAUGUUUUGUUCGGCCGGCCAAUGCCGCCAAUGCCGGCUGGCGCCCACCGACAUCCAUUUACGCCAAAUAUUAUGCAAUCUGCACUUCUUGACCAUUGGAAGUCCUUGCCCCUUGACAAGUACGAUGGCACCACCGACCCCGAUGAACACGUAGAUGUGUUCUUAACUCAAGUUACCCUGAGCACAACCGAUGAUGCCGCCUUGUGCCGAAUCUUCCCAACAUCGUUAAAAGGGCGAGCGCUGAGCUGGUUUACUCGGCUUCCAGCUAACUCGAUUGACUCGUUCAGCACGUUAGCUUCCCAGUUCACCAUCCAAUUCACUACAAGUCGGCCUCACCAGUUGACCUCGUUGGCGCUGGUCAGCAUCUGUCAGGAGAAAAAGGAGUCCCUUCGGGCGUUCAUAAGCCGAUUCAACAAAGCGGCGCUUGAAAUCCGAGACUUAAACCCUGCACGAGCCGACAAAUACAUGCAGAUGGAAGAACUAGCCGAGUUCCGUAACCAGGCCCGAGCGGAGGUGUCGGCAAAGCCUAAAAAGCCGGCUGAAAACAAUUUUCGAAGCCGUCCGAAAGAACUGGUACCCCGCGAGAGGCCCCCUCGUGGCCCGAAGUAUUCCCAUUAUACACCACUCAACACCAGCAGGUCGGCAAUACUAGAACAAGCACUCACUUCGGAAGUACUAGCCAUCCCAAAACGAGCGUCGACCCCUCCCCAGGCCGAUACGACCAAGUCUUGCAGGUAUCAUCGCAAUCGCGGGCAUUCAACUGACGAAUGUUCGGCCCUGAAAGAUAAGAUUGAAGACUUGAUCAAGCAAGGACAGUUGCAAGGCUUCGUGGACCGACCGAACUCUUCGAAAUACUCCGACCGGUCGCGACGACAUGAUCAGCCCAAACAAAGAAGGACAGAAGCACGUUCGUACAGAGAACGCAGUCGGUCAAGAGAUCGAAGAGAGGAAGAGCCUUCGGCACAGCCUCGGCGAGUCAUCAACACGAUAGCAGGAGGAUUCGCUGGCGGAGGUUCAUCCUCAUCAGCCCAACGCAGACACUUACGAGCUGUUCGGCACGUGAAUACAGUGGAGACAGUUCGUCGUCACCUUCCCACCAUCACUUUCACCGAGGAUGACUUCAAAGGCAUCGACCCAGACCAAGAUGAUCCGAUGGUAAUCAGCAUCGAAAUUCAUAACUGCAUUGUACGAAAUACGUUGGUUGAUCAGGGAAGUUCGGCCGACAUUCUUUAUUGGAACACGUUUAAACAGCUGGGUAUCCUGGAGUCUGAACUAGUUCCUUAUGAUGAACCUUUGGUCGGGUUCUCUGGUGAACGAGUCAAGACAAAAGGGUAUAUCAAGUUGUCAACUCGGUUCGGGUUCGAAGGAACUGAGUACCGAGACAUUUCGGUUAAGUAUGUGGUGGUGCACGCAAGCACAUCUUAUAACAUUCUGCUCGGCCGACCAUCCCUGAAUCAUCUCAGCGCAAUCAUCUCCACCCCUCAUUUAGCCAUGAAGUUUCCGGCCGAAUCAGGGCGAAUAGUCACUGUCCGUGCUGACCAAAAAACUGCGCGAGAAUGUUAUUUUACCAGCUUGCGAUUACCAAAAAUGAAGAACGAAGCAACGAAUGAACCGAGAAGGGUGCACUCGGUAUCACAGCAAUCGGCCAUGGACCUCGAUCCUCGGAUCGAUCAAGAUGAGAUGGUUGUGCCCAUCUAA